UGGCUCGGGGGGGAAAAAACACAUGAUACGUGCAGUAGGUGGCAGCAACGCUCAGAGUAAGCGUUCAUUAACAGAAAGAAGGAGUAAAGACGAGCUAAGUCCAUUGCUAAUAAAUAUGGCUGAUCAUGAUCUGAAACUGGAGGGUCAGCAUAUACACUCUGAGAAGAGACUACGAUCCAAGAAAGCACCAGAGCUACCAAUACUGGAAAAGAGGAACUGGUUAAUCCAUUUACACUACAUUCGCAAAGACUACGAGACCUGCAAAGCCAUCAUCAGAGAGCAACUGCGAGAGACCCAGGGCAUGUGUGAAUAUGCAAUUUAUGUUCAAGCCCUGAUCUUACGUCUGGAGGGGAAGAUUCAACAGUCUCUGGAACUCUUCCAGAGCUGCGCCAUCCUCAACCCCACCAGUUCUGAUAACCUCAAACAAGUGGCCAGAUCGCUGUUUCUCUUCGGAAAGCAUAAAGCGGCCAUAGAGGUUUACAAUGAAGCUGCUCGGCUCAAUCAGAAAGACUGGGAAAUAAACCACAAUCUGGGUGUGUGCUACAUGUACACUAAAGACUUCAGAAAUGCAGAAGAUCAACUGAAUAGAGCCCUGCUAUUAAACAAACAUGACUUGACUUAUAUGAUGCUUGGGAAAAUCUGCCUGCUUGAGGGAGAUACCGCGAAAGCCAUCGACGUGUACAAGUUAGCUAUUGAGUCAUCUCCUGAGAACACAGAUUUCUUGGCCACACUUGGACUGCUCUACAUGCAGAAAGGGAAAUAUCAAAAAGCUUUUGAAUACCUCGGAAAUGCCCUGACUUAUGAUCCCAACCAUUACAAGGCCAUCCUCGCAGCGGGCAGCAUGAUGCAGACACACGGGGACUUCGACGUCGCCAUGAAUAAGUACCGCAUCGCCGCCUACUCCGUGCCCGAGAGCCCCCCGCUGUGGAACAACAUUGGCAUGUGCUUCUUUGGGAAGAAGAAAUAUGUAGCUGCCAUCAGUUGUCUCAAGAGGGCCAACUAUCUGUCUCCGUUCGACUGGAAGAUCUUGUACAACUUAGGGCUGCUGCACCUGACUAUGCAGCAGCACGCCUCUGCGUUUCACUUCCUCAGCGCGGCCAUCAACCUCCACCCCAAGAUGGGGGAACUCUACAUGCUGCUGGCAGUUGCAUUGACCAACCUGGAUGACGUGGAGAACGCACGCCGGUCCUACGAGCAGGCGGCCCUUUUGGAUGGGUCCAACCCUUUAGUAAACUUGAACUUUGCAGUUCUCUUGUACAAUCAAGGAGAGAAGAAGGAGGCUCUUCAGCAGUAUCAGGAGAUGGAGGAGAAGGUCAAUUCGCUUAUGGAAAACAAGAGCAGCAUAGAAUUUGAUACAGAGUUGAUCGACACGGCUCAGAAGCUAGGAUCGGCCCUCCAGUCCGGAGAGAACGUCUUAUGGACCAGACCCACCAGAGAUGGAAAAGCCAGCCAACACCUGACCUCCAACCGGACCAGCGCCACCCAGCAGCGCCUGGGCACCAAUCAAGCCUUGGGGCAGGCUAUGUCCUCAGCAGCAGGAUAUAGCAAGAGUAUCCAACUUACUACAGGUGCAUCAUCCAUUGCUUUGGAACCCGAUGUAGAACCCGGCAUGAACAGCUCACCAUCAGAGUCCCCUGGGGCGGACGACACCUCUGACACCGAUGAACCUAAAACUACAUAGAAGUCAUCCCAGUGAAAAGCAGUGGUUGUAUAGAGUUUUGCAGAGAGAGAAACCUUUGUACAAAAUGGUAUAACUUAUGGGGGUUGUAAACUAGGGGUACUCUUUGCUUAUUGUAGGCAUCUAUGCUAUUCAGAUGUAUUGGAUACACAUGUUGUAUGUCAGACACAUUUAUAAGGGCAGGACUUUAAAACAGCUUUUAGUUAUAUUUUGGCUUUGUGUUAGUUGGUUAUCCUUAAUAUUGUUUUAAUUCUUUCCUAAAAAAUGCCCUUGUAAAAUCAAUAUUACAGUACAGAGUAAAUCAUUUACUCUCUUAACUUUGGUCUACCGGCCUCCUUGAGAUUUUGUAUUUCUUUGGAUAGUUGGUACAUUAUGGUACAUUAUGCUUACACUUGUGGUGCUUUUGUUCAUUCACUUUCUAAAGUGUAUAGAAAGCUUUUAAGUCAUGUAGUUGAACUGGACCUUGAUUUUAACUGCAAUAGACCCGCACUGCUGAUGACAUGCACGGUACUACAUGUCACCAUUUUGUUACAGUUGCACAAUUGUAAAAUAAACAAUAAAAUAUGAAUUGUAAGUCA